AUGGCUGUCUCUACUUACACAUCCUUAAUCCCCACGACUUCAUUUACUCUUGUUUCUUCUUCAAAACACAGCCAAUAUUCCUUCCCCACCAAAUGGAUCACAACUCCUUCCAUUGUAGCCGUACACGGAGCCGAGCCUGCCAAGAAGCCCCUGGCCACUGCCACGACGACGUCUACGUCAACUGCCACCACCGGAACGGAUCAGGUUAAAUGGAGCCUUGAGAGCUGGAAAGCAAGAAAAGCCCUGCAGCUGCCGGAAUACCCCAACCAAGAGGAACUGGAAUCGGUGCUCAGGACCCUGGACGCCUUUCCUCCUAUCGUAUUCGCUGGGGAGGCAAGAAGCUUGGAAGAAAGACUGGGCCAGGCUGCUAUGGGAAAUGCAUUCCUCCUCCAAGGAGGAGACUGCGCCGAGAGUUUCAAAGAGUUCAAUGCUGUUAACAUACGUGACACCUUCAGGGUUAUUCUCCAGAUGAGCGCCGUUCUCAUGCUCGGAGGACAAAUGCCCGUUAUUAAGGUGGGAAGAAUGGCGGGUCAAUUUGCGAAGCCUAGAUCGGAGCCGUUGGAGGAGAGGAACGGAUUGAAGCUGCCCGGUUACAGAGGAGGCAACGUGAACGGAGACGCGUUUGACGAGAAGUCGAGGACUCCAGAUCCGCAGAGAAUGAUUAGAGCGUAUAGCCAAUCCGCGGCUACUCUGAACCUUCUGAGAGCCUUUGCCAAGGGAGGGUAUGCAGCGAUGCAGAGGAUCAAUCACUGGAAUCUGAACUUUGCGGAGCACAGUGAGCAGGGGGACAGGUACCGGGAGCUGGCACACAGAGUGGACGAGGCCCUCGGAUUCAUGGCGGCGGCCGGCUUCACGGUGGACCAUCCUCUGAUGAAAACCACAGAGUUCUGGACUUCUCACGAGUGCCUGCUUCUGCCAUACGAACAGUCACUCACUAGGCUGGAUUCAACUUCCGGCCUCUACUACGACUGUUCUGCCCACAUGCUCUGGGUGGGUGAGCGCACCAGGCAACUAGACGGCGCCCACGUCGAGUUCUUAAGAGGGGUCGCUAAUCCUCUAGGCAUUAAGGUGAGCGAUAAGAUGGAUCCGUAUGAGCUGGUAAAGCUGAUAGAGAUAUUGAACCCGGAAAACAAGGUGGGAAGAAUAACGGUGAUAACGAGGAUGGGAGCGGAGAAGAUACGAGUGAAACUGCCGCAGCUGAUCAGGGCGGUGCGGAGGGCAGGGCAAAUAGUGACGUGGGUAAGCGAUCCCAUGCACGGGAACACGGUGAAGGCUCCGUGCGGGCUCAAGACGCGGCCGUUCGACGCCAUAAGGGACGAGGUAACGGCGUUCUUGGAGGUGCACGAGGAAGAAGGGAGCCACGCAGGAGGGGUGCAUCUGGAGAUGACAGGACAGAACGUGACGGAGUGCGUGGGAGGGUCGAGGACGGUGACAUUCGAAGACUUGGGCUCGCGUUACCACACGCACUGCGACCCCCGCCUGAAUGCUUCCCAGUCUCUGGAGCUGGCCUUCAUCAUCGCCCACCACCUCCGAUCCUCUCCCAGCAUCCCUUCCCUUCCCCCAUUGUAAACUGUCAUUUUUCACUCAUUUAUGUCCGCUAGGUUCUCGCGUCUCUUCUUUUAUUUUCUUUUAUAUUUUUGUUCAAUCCACUCUCUUCUUCAAAUUCUCGUGCGUAUGUUGAGGAUCAUCGCCCCCUUUCCCGACAUCAAGGGUGGGUUUAGAUUUUUUUACUUCUCACUUCUCAAAAACCCUUUUUAACUUUUCAAAUGUCAAGAUGUUGUUCGGAUGAUUGUAAUACAUGCAAAUUGAUAUGA